UUCCUUGACACCUUAAAAACAAAGCCGAAGCCCUCUCUCUCUCUCUCUCUCUCUCUCUCUCUCUCUCUCUGCUGCUGCAGCUGCUACAACCUGAUCUUCCAGUUCAUGGCUGCCGCUACCUCCACGAGUUGCACAGGCUUUUUCAAUUUCCGUUCAAAUUCCGACGAAGGCAGGGUCCGGCCUUCAUCGACCCAUGGCUCACCUGGGUGUGGAAAGCUUGACGGGGUGGCUAUGUGGUUCAUCAAUGGUGUGGCAAGUGCAUUUUUUGCAUCCUUAGAGAGAUGUUCUUGCAUCCGUAUCGCCACCGAAGACGACGGCGAUGAGGCUAACGACGCACCCUUGAUUAUGAACGAUGGAAACUUGAGGCAUGACGGUGGCACCACCAGCAGCAGGAGAAGGACAGGGAAAGGCAAGAAACAGAGCACUGGAGCAUUUGAUGAGUACUAGCUAAUUUGGUUGGCCAAGCCAAAGUUGUUUUGGUAAGUUAAUUAUGGGGUUUUGGGAUGGUGUGAGAAUUGGUCUUUAAUAUUUUGGAAGAGGUUGCAAGUGGUAAUUAAACAAAAAGGGAGUUACAUGUUUGAUGGGUUUGAAUCUCUUAUGCAUAUGAUCAAAUGAAUUGAAUCAAUUUAAUAAAUAUUUUCAUAAAUUACUCAAA